AUGGUUGACGCUACUGACGUCCUGGGCACCCAAAAGGCGCACAAAGCGUUAUCCCGCCUCUCGUACCUUGACGACCACCUCACAGCCAAUCGAGACCCUCUUCGACGACAUGCAGGCGGUGUUGAGGAGACUGCAGACCCCAGUAAGCUCCAAGGCAGACGUCAGUGCACUCACUGCGCUUACGUCACCCUCGCCCCCAGCACCCACGUCCAAACAUAUCCAACACGCGCCGUAUCCUCACCCACUGAGCUCAUCUUCACGGUGGGGGUCUGGAGGAACAUCGCCCUCGCGGCACGUCAUAGCUCUGGGCGAUUGAAUCGCCAGCGCGCAAUGGAAUCUGAGGCAGGCCCCUCGUCGCCACGCGCGUCGGAGUAUGACGCGCCACCGCCGAGUCCACCGUCCAAGCACGCGCGCAGCCCCUCUGCUGCACGGGCACCGAGCUCUCACUCGAGCACGCGGCGCGCCAAUACGCGGUCACGUAGUCACGCGUCAUCGGGAACUGCGUCGACGGGCACGACGACCACUCAGUCGAAUACCACGGACGCAGCCCCGCCUCGCAGACGGCGACGACGUCGACGACAAGUACCUAGUCAUGAGAGUAGUCGCGAAAGGGGAAAACGUCCCGAGAAGACGCAACCUGCCGUCGAUGCUCGCACUCCAGGGAGUCCGCCUUCUUCCACACCUAUCCUUGAAGAGAACGAAGACUGGCUUUGGGAUGAGCAGCCGAAGCUUCGCCUGGACGUAGACCUGGAUGUUGACGUUCAUCUUAAAGGUCAGGUGCGCGGCAAAAUCCUCAUGGCUAUACUGUGCGCACCCCUCUAUCUUGUCAAGCACAUCACCUGCUUGCUUCUUUCUGUUGUAUAA